UUCCGCCCCAGUUUUAUAAUGUUUGUGUUUUAACGCUUUGAGGGCAGCUUCCCUCUGUAAAUAGACAUUUGGUAGCGUCGAAAGACACCCGAUCCUUUGUGAACUAGUAUCGAUAUGACCUAAUUGCUUGUUUGUGACAAAAAUGGAGAAUUCAGAGACCAGUCCAUCAGUGAGGCCCCUGGCAGUGCCGGACAGAGGCAUGGUGCAACCCUCGGGCUCCACUGGUCAGCUGUCAGAAUCAACCAGGUCCUCGAAGCACAGGGAGCAGCCGUCCAAGUCACCAAGGAGACGGCGGGAGGGGAAGAGGUCACAGCGACGGGGGGAUGGUCAUGAACAGCUGCUGUGGGAGAUCGUGCGGCGGAGGUUGCCAGGCCAACACGAGCACUUGGAGCCCUCUGGUUCGACAAGCGACACAGCGGAAAGCUCUCCUAAGAGAAGAGCCCACUUUCUACAUGGGCCGUAUCCAGCCACUCACUUCGGACCCAAAGCCUGUAUUCUUCCCAACCCAACUUCAGUCAUGCACAUCCAGGACCCAGCCAGCCAGAGGCUCACUUGGAAUAAACCUCCAGUCAAUGUGCUUGUCAUCAGGAAGAUCAGAGAUGAAAGCCUGGUUGAACCUUUCAAAGAGCUCUGCAGGUUUCUAGUAGAGGAGAAGCAGAUGAUGGUGUACGUGGAGCGCAGGGUUGCAGAUGACGCUACACUGUCAAAGGAUGAGGCCUUCGGCUCCAUCCGCAAUCAGCUCUGCACCUUCAGAGAGGGUUAUGAUGAUAUCUCUGACUGCAUCGACCUCAUCAUCUGUCUGGGUGGGGAUGGGACUUUGCUGUACGCCUCCUCUCUGUUCCAGGGCAGCGUUCCUCCAGUUAUGGCAUUCCACCUCGGCUCUCUAGGUUUUCUGACGCCUUUCAAGUUUGAGUCAUACAAGACUGAAGUAGCUAAAGUGUUUGAAGGCAAUGCCGCCAUCACUCUGAGGAGUCGUCUAAAGGUGAAGGUGGUGAAGGACAUGCUUCAGAGAACAGGACAGCAGUCAUACAGCAGAGAGCAACAGCAUGAGCAAAAUGGACUCCUUCCUCAUGGACAUACCAACAGUGAGGCCGGCAAGGUCACCUUGCAGCUGCAGGUGUUGAAUGAGGUGGUGGUGGAUCGAGGCCCGUCCUCCUACCUGUCCAAUGUGGACUUGUAUCUUGAUGGACGUCUCAUCACCUCAGUGCAGGGAGAUGGUGUGAUUGUGUCCACACCUACAGGCAGCACAGCGUAUGCAGCUGCAGCAGGAGCCUCAAUGAUUCACCCCAACGUUCCUGCCAUCAUGGUCACUCCCAUCUGCCCACACUCGCUCUCCUUCAGGCCAAUUGUGGUCCCUGCUGGAGUGGAGUUAAUGAUCACCUUGUCUCCUGAUGCAAGGAACACCGCCUGGGUGUCGUUUGACGGCAGGAAGAGACAGGAGAUCCAGCAUGGAGACUGUAUUAAGAUCACUACGUCUUGUUACCCGGUGCCAUCUAUUUGUUGUCAUGACCUGGUGUAUGACUGGUUUGAGAGUCUGGCUCAGUGUUUGCAUUGGAAUGUACGCAAGAGGCAAGCCCGACUCGCUGACGUCUCAGACUCAUCCGACACAGAAAACUGAAGUUUUGGGUGUGUUUCCUGGCAAAAGACAUUCAGCCAACACUCUCCACAGUAGUGGAGUGAGAAUGAGUGGGUCAGGUUUGUGUCUAUGGCCUAACCUGUGUGACACUGGUCCUUUGAACAGCAUGAUCGUACUGUGUAUACAAUGUUUUGCACACAGUCAUCAUCUCAUUGCAUUCCAGUGCGUACACUUCAGUUUCAUAUGUAGCUUCUAGGAAGAAAGCAUGUUUCUCCUUUACAAGAGAAGAAAUUAUCUACAUGAUUAAUGCAAUGUGAAUUAUGAUGACCACCUAAAGCUCCUCAUGAAUAUUUCUGUAAACUGUUUCACUUUGAACACUUAAUCAUAAAUGCAAUGUUAAGUGUUAGAGGUGUACAAGGUACUGGCAGCAAUUCAUUAGAAAAACAUGAAUAAAGCUGUCUACCUAUAAAUCAAUUUGUAAAUUUGUACAUAUAGAAUUUUAGUAUGAAUGUAUUUAAUGUCAUAUGAAUGUGAUAUUUAUAUAUUUUCAAAACAGGAGUUUGGAAUAGUUGGAAAACAGGCCAAUUUAAAACUUGUCAAGUCAACCACAUACAACUGUAAGUGACUGUAUUCUGUUGUACAAAAUUUUGUACAAUCCAGAGCAUACAUUCUCUAUGUGCACACACGUACAAUCUGUCGGUUGCCUUCAAAACUUUUCUGCCUGAGUUUAAAUACAAAUCACAUUGCAUGUAGUAGGACUGAGGUGAAGAAUCAUAAACUAGCUGUAAUUUUCAUGAUUGAUAAACUGCCAUAUUGUCAAAGGAUGUGGCAGAAGGUGGUAAAAUAAAGCUUAAAAACUGUUGAACA